CGUUUUCUUGCUAAUGGUGAAAUAAAUGUGCUUGUACUUAUAUUUGCAAUGUUGUAUCAGCGCAAGGAGCUUUGCAAGCUUCAUGACAAACUGGAGCAGAAAAAGAAAACUCUUUUGGAGACAAUUGCAAACCGAAAGAAGUUCUUGUCUAGCCUCCCUUCACAUCUCAAGUCUCUCAAGAAAGCAUCCUUGCCAGUGCAAAAUCAACUAGGAGUUCAGCAUACUAAGAAACUAAAGCGGCAUCACUCAGCAGAGUUGCUUCCACCACCUCUUUAUGUGAUUUACUCACAGCUGUUGGCUCAAAAGGAGGCGUUUGGAGAAUCUAUUGAUGUGGAGAUUGUAGGAAGUGUCAAAGAUGCUCAAUCUUUUGCCCACAUUCAAGCUCACAAGGACACUGGCAUUUCCACUACUGUAGCGAGUCCGAAAUUGGAAAAUGAUGAACCUGAUGAAGAUGGUCAGAGACCGAGUAAAAGGCCAAGGAGGUUUCAAGGCAAGGAGAGCCUUGACCAAUUGAAUAUUAUAUGUGUCGGGAUCAAAGCAUCUAUUGAUGGUCCUGAGAAUGACAUCUUAAGCAAUUUGUUCCCUGAUGACACAGGUCUCGAGCUUCCUCACCAGUCGGCUAAGCUCUAUGUUGGGGAUGCUGUAAUGUUGUUUAAUUGCGAUAGAACUUCACGUCCUUACAAAUGGGCUCAGCACCUGGCUGGUAUUGAUUUCUUGCCCGAGGUGGCUCCAUUGCUGCUUGCUAGACGUGAAACUCCAGACGGUGGUGAAGGAGCCAAAGGUGAAGAUUUCGUACCGAGCAUUUCACAAUAUCGCCAGCAUAACCGAUUGCAGACAGUUCUGCAGAAAAUUCGUUCAAGGAUAAAAGCACGUUUGGUUCUUCAAUAACAAGUCAUUUUCUUAUAUUUUUACAGUUUUAGAAUAGGAAGUAUCCUCCUGGGUGUUCAUUGAACUGAAAACAAUGCAGUCUGAAAAGCUUGCUUUUGGUCUAUGUUUUGGUUAUAUUAUUGUAACUCACAUCUUAGUUAUUUGGUUUACCUGCUGUAAAUACUUGUAACCUAUAUUUUUUAGGAUUUUGUUUUUUUAUCCCUUUGUUGAAAUUACAUUUUAUUUUGGAGGUCCAAAGUAUCAUGCUUGUAACUGUGGCUUUUGAUGGUUACUACUUCUGAAUAAAAAAUAUGAAUUUUUUUUUUUUCAU